CUCAGAACAGAUCUCCACGGAGUGCUAAUAAAAUCUCUGCAAAAUUACCCUUGCUGGAAACAUAGAAGAUCUAUACAGGGUUUUUCAGGGGCCAGAAUCCAGGAACAGAAGUUAAGGCAAUUUUGUUUUGAUGCUGUGCCAGAAAUCCUCCAACAAUGAGCUACUGGAAGGCCGAGAAAAGGAACUGUGUGCAGUACCGCAGGCAUUUUCUGGUGGACAACAGUGUGUUUCAUGUUGAAAGAUGCAUGAGUGUAAUGCAGUCCGGGACACAGAUGAUCAAGCUGAAGCGUGGCACCAAAGGGCUCGUUCGCCUCUUCUACCUGGAUGAGCACCGGACCCGCCUCCGAUGGCGACCCUCUCGGAAGAGUGAGAAGGCAAAAAUACUUAUUGACUCCAUCUACAAAGUCACAGAGGGCAGGCAGUCUGAAAUAUUUCACAGACAGGCCGAGGGGAACUUUGAUCCCAGCUGCUGUUUCACCAUCUACCAUGGCAACCACAUGGAGUCACUGGACCUCAUUACCUCCAACCCGGAGGAGGCACGCACCUGGAUCACGGGCCUCAAAUAUCUGAUGGCUGGCAUCAGUGAUGAAGACUCCCUUGCCAAAAGGCAGAGGACCCAUGACCAAUGGGUGAAGCAGACCUUCGAGGAGGCGGAUAAGAACGGCGAUGGCCUGUUGAAUAUUGAAGAGAUCCACCAGCUGAUGCACAAGCUAAAUGUCAAUCUGCCUCGGAGAAAAGUCAGGCAAAUGUUUCAGGAAGCUGACACAGAUGAAAAUCAGGGAACCUUGACAUUUGAAGAAUUCUGCGUUUUUUACAAAAUGAUGUCAUUGAGACGCGACCUUUAUUUGCUGCUCUUGAGCUACAGCGACAAGAAAGACCACCUGACUGCAGAGGAGCUGGCUCAGUUUUUGAAGGCUGAACAAAAGAUGAGCAAUGUGACGGUGGACUACUGUCUUGACAUCAUUAAGAAGUUUGAAGUUUCUGAAGAAAAUAAAGUGAAAAAUGUCCUUGGAAUAGAAGGCUUCACGAACUUCAUGCGUAGUCCUGCUUGUGACGUAUUUAACCCUUUGCACCAUGAGGUGUACCAAGACAUGGACCAGCCCCUCUGCAACUACUACAUUGCUUCAUCUCACAACACGUACCUGACUGGGGACCAGCUCCUCUCUCAGUCCAAAGUGGAUAUGUAUGCACGGGUGCUACAGGAGGGCUGCCGCUGUGUGGAAGUUGACUGUUGGGAUGGCCCAGAUGGAGAGCCAGUGGUCCACCAUGGUUAUACUCUCACUUCAAAAAUUCUCUUCAAGGAUGUUGUGGAGACCAUCAACAAGCAUGCCUUUGUGAAGAAUGAGUUUCCUGUUAUUCUGUCCAUUGAGAACCACUGCAGCAUUCAGCAGCAGAGGAAGAUUGCUCAGUACCUGAAAGGAAUAUUCCAGGACAAACUGGACCUGUCAUCUAUAGAUACAGGAGACUGCAGGCAGCUUCCAAGCCCUCAGAGUCUGAAAGGCAAAAUCCUAGUGAAGGGCAAGAAGUUGCCUUAUCACCUUGGGGAUGAUGCAGAGGAAGGAGAAGUUUCUGAUGAGGACAGUGCAGACGAAAUUGAAGAUGAGUGCAAGUUCAAGCUCCAUUACAGUAACGGCACCACUGAGCACCAGGUAGAAUCUUUCAUACGGAAAAAGCUGGAGUCCCUGUUGAAGGAGUCUCAAAUCCGAGACAAAGAAGAUCCUGACAGUUUCACAGUGAGGGCUUUACUCAAGGCUACGCAUGAAGGCUUAAACGCACACCUGAAGCAGAACCUGGACGUGAAGGAAAGUGGAAAGAAGUCCCAUGGGCGAUCUCUGAUGACGAACUUUGGGAAACACAAGAAAAAUACAAAAUCACGUCCUAAAUCCUAUAGUACUGAUGAUGAAGAAGACAUAGUUCAGAAUCCUGGCAAGGAGGGAGGCCAGUUAUACAGGCUGGGCCGCCGAAGGAGAACCAUGAAGCUUUGCAGAGAGCUCUCAGACUUGGUGGUGUACACAAACUCCGUGGCAGCCCAGGAUAUUGUGGAUGAUGGCACCACAGGGAAUGUGUUGUCCUUCAGCGAAACAAGAGCACACCAAGUGGUUCAGCAGAAGUCAGAGCAAUUCAUGAUCUACAACCAAAAACAGCUCACAAGGAUUUACCCAUCCGCCUACCGCAUUGACUCCAGUAACUUCAACCCUCUGCCCUAUUGGAAUGCAGGCUGCCAGCUAGUGGCUCUCAACUACCAGUCUGAAGGGCGCAUGAUGCAGUUAAAUCGAGCAAAAUUCAAGGCUAAUGGCAACUGUGGCUACAUUCUCAAGCCCCAGCAGAUGUGCAAAGGUACUUUCAACCCUUUCUCUGGUGAUCCGCUUCCUGCCAACCCCAAAAAACAGCUCAUACUGAAAGUGAUCAGUGGACAGCAACUUCCCAAACCUCCUGACUCAAUGUUUGGAGACCGAGGCGAGAUCAUUGACCCUUUUGUUGAAGUUGAAAUUAUUGGGCUUCCAGUAGACUGCUGCAAGGAUCAAACUCGUGUAGUGGAUGACAAUGGAUUUAACCCUGUGUGGGAAGAAACCCUAACAUUUACAGUCCACAUGCCAGAAAUAGCUUUAGUUCGGUUCCUUGUGUGGGAUCAUGAUCCUAUUGGAAGAGACUUCGUGGGACAGAGGACUGUUACCUUUAGCAGCCUCGUACCUGGCUACCGGCAUGUCUAUUUGGAAGGACUCACAGAAGCAUCCAUUUUUGUUCACAUAACAAUCAAUGAGAUCUUUGGAAAGUGGAGCCCUUUAAUCCUCAACCCCAGUUAUACCAUAUUGCACUUUCUAGGAGCUACAAAGAACAGACAGCUCCAAGGUUUGAAGGGACUGUUCAAUAAGAACCCCAGGCACGGUUCUUCAGAAAACAACUCCCAUUACAUUCGGAAGCGAUCCAUUGGAGAUAGAAUUCUGCGACGUACAGCCAGUGCCCCAGCCAAAGGCAGGAAAAAGAGCAAAGUGGGCUUCCAAGAAAUGGUUGAGAUAAAAGAUUCUGUCUCUGAAGCCACAAGAGAUCAAGAUGGUAUCCUGAGGAGGACCACACGGAGUCUGCAAGUACGCCCUGUCUCUAUGCCUGUUGACAAGAGUCUUCUGGGGGCUUUGUCACUGCCUAUAUCUGAAGCAGCAAAAGACAUGGAUGGAAAAGAAAAUUCUCUGGCAGGCGUCAAGGAUGACAGAAGAAAGGGGGAGGCAACUAUAAAAGACCCACAUUUUUCAAAUUUCAACAGAAAACUAUCAUCCUCCUCCAGUGCCCUCCUCCACAAAGAUGCCAACCAAAGGGAUGACACUCUUCCAACUGCCAGUGUAUCAAACCCAGAACAGUGUGGGGGACCAGGUGAAAAGGGUGGGAGAACCAAACCAAAUGUGACAAAGGAUUGCCAGGAAAACCACUGUCCUCCAAAAUUCCUCUCUCCAAGGCAGCAUUUGGCCCCUGACCCUGCAACAAAGGGGCCACAAGAUCUGCACGGAAUAAAAACCAAUGAAAAGGAGCAUUCUGAGAGCUUAGCAGGAGGGAAAAGCAUGCUGUUCGGAAAAGUUCCCUCUCAAAGCACUCAGGAGGCAGAGAACUGGGAAGACAGCAGGGCCAAGGGCAGAGCUGCAACGUCCUUCUCUUUGUCUGAUGUCUCUGUGCUCUGUUCUGACAUCCCUGAUUUACAUUCAACUGCCAUUCUGCAGGACACUGAAAUUUCCAAUCUCAUUGAUGAUGUCACCUUAACAAAUGAGAAUGAGUUGGGCAGUUCCAUCUCAGCACUGAUUGGCCAGUUUGAGGAGAGCAACCACGGGGCUAACACUGCUGGGGUUUUUCAUCUCCUUAGUCCCAGUAUGACAUCAGGAGGUGCUCCUUUGCCUAUCACAUUGGGCCUACAAACAUCCUUUGAACAUGGUUUUUCCCAGGGGAAACCCAAUGCCUCCUUUUUGUGCUCAUCUCCUGAGCUAGUCAAGCUCUCUAGUGCUGAGGCCACCAAACUGGCAAAUAACACAGAUGCCUGUGGAAUGAUUGGCUCUCCCAUCUUUAAACCAAAGCCAGGAAAUAAUGCUUCUGAUAAAGCCAAGACAAGGGUCAUGGAAGGUAACCUGCCUGGGUCCCUUGAUGCUUCUCAUGGGCAGUUUCCUAAAAGCCCCACUCAUGAAGAGGACCAGGGACGAGUGAUGAGCAGCCCUGCUUUUCCCACUGAGUUGGCCCUAGAAGACAUAAUAGCAGACCCUGCUCUCUGUAUAAAUUCUGCAGAGAGCAGCCUUGUGGAAAUCGAUGGAGAAUCUGAAAACCUGUCUCUGACAAGCUGUGACUACAGGGGAGAAGGUCCAAAUCCACUUGUUUCUCCACUGAAACUGCGGCACAGCCAGGAGAUGGCAGAACAUACCCAGAGAGGCUUGAGGAAUGGCUAUUGUAAAGAGACUCUCUUCCCUGCUGUCCCUGAAAUAGUCAACAACAUUCAAGGUGUCAAAAAUCAAAGUAUUUCUUGUCUAACCUAUCAGGGUGCUGGCUUUGUGUAUAACCAUUUCUCAAGUUCAGAUGCAAAAACAAACCAAAUCUGUGGGCCCCAACAGCCUAGGCCUUUGGAUAUGCAUGCCCCAACACCCACACCAUCAAUACAUGCUCCUUUGGCUGCUUUGAAACUACCAAGUCCAUGCAAAUCCAAAAGUCUGGGGGACUUAACAUCAGAAGACAUUGCUUGCAACUUUGAAAGCAAAUACCAAUGUAUUAGUAGGAGUUUUGUGACAAACGGCAUCAGAGACAAGAGUGUGACUAUGAAGACAAAGUCAUUAGAACCUCUAGAUGCCCUAACUGAACAGCUCCGGAAGCUGGUGUCCUUUGACCAGGAAGACAGCUGUCAAGUGCUGUAUUCAAAGCAGGGUGCCAAUCAGUGUCCCAGGGCGUUAGUCAGAAAGCUGUCCUCCAGGAGUCAGAGCAGGGUCCGCAACAUUGCCAGCCGUGCCAAGGAGAAGCAGGAAGCUGGCAAGCAAAAAGCUGUGACCCACAGCACUAGAGGAGGGGUGGUCCUGAGAAGUAAACCGCCGGCUCCUGCUCUGGCCGUGAACCGUCACUCCACGGGCUCGUACAUUGCGAGCUACCUGAGGAAUAUGAAAGCUGGUGGCCUGGAGGGCCGAGGCAUCCCAGAGGGAGCAUGUACAGCCCUUCGCUAUGGCUAUGUGGACCAGUUUUGUUCAGACAAUUCAGUUCUGCAGACUGAGCCAAGCAGUGAAGAUAAACCAGAAAUUUAUUUUCUUUUGAGGCUGUGAAUUAUAUAAAGCUGCAUUUUCAUUGUUUACAUGAUAUUCUAUAGAAUGUUAGAGUUCCUCAUUGUCAGUAUAUAUGAUACUGGGCUUUGAAAUGAUUUUCCAAUGUAUUUUCAGGCUUGUAUUUUGGUCCCCCUUUUACUUCGUUUGUUCUCUCAGUUUAUGCAUUUGUACAUAGAUUCUGUGACAUUUCCCCCAAACCCAGGAUCUCUUCUCCCCAAAGUGUUGUAAACUGUGUCGGUAUGAAAUGUGUGCAUGCCUUUCAUGUAAAACUUUUCAGCAGUUUGGGUCACAGCGUGCGUAUGUUGCACAAAAUGCCCUUUCCUAUGUCCUCGGAUCACAGCCACCGAGGCUGUCAUUGUUAGCCACCGAGUGUUGAGCUGAUUAUGAUUAGAUUUUACAAACAAUAAAGGGAUGGAUUCUUUAUUGGAAGCUACAUUCUCCUUUUGAAUUGGGAGACCUAGAUUCAAUUAUAGAAUCCAUUUAAAAUAAGUGUUUUAAAUGAUGACCUGGCCCUAUAUGAUUUUCAUCCCUCACCCAAAGUGGGAAUUCCAAAAAGAUGGAGAGUGUCUCUCCAACCCCCCAAGUCCCUUUUAGAAUAGGCUGUGAUGAAGAAAGUGAACUUCUGUAUAUAAGGACAAAAUAGUUUGUUUUGCAUAAAUUUUGUUGCAUAUUUUUGCAAUGGCUUUGUAUGUAACAAGAGUCCAGUUGGCAAACUAUCUGUCAUACUUUUGGAGUAGCUGAUAUUACAGAUCGAAAGUAAUGGCUUUCAAAAUGUGAGAAUUUCAGAUGGGCAUGGUGGCCUUUAAUUCUAGCAGAGGCAGGUGGAUCUCUGAAUUUGAGGCCAGCCUGAUCUAUACAGUAAGACCCUAUCUCAAACAACAACAGCAACAACAACAAAAAUAGUGAGAGACUUACAUUAGACUUAAAACUCAGAGAGCAGUACAAACAGAAAAUUUCCCCAAGACUUUCAAGAAAAAGAGUAUUUUCUCAUAAUCCAAGUGAAUAGAUAAUUAAAAAAAAAACAACUUUUCCCUUUAGGGAACCAAGUAACUAUAUUUUAGUACUGACAUAUAUUAUUUUCAUUGUGAAUCCAUUUUUUAUUGCAUGUUCAGGUGUCAUUUGCUUUUUGUACCAUGAAUUACAAUGAUGUUCUUCCUGGACUUCAUAAAAUAUAAUUAAAUCAGAUUUUUGAACACUUGGUGAUUUUAUUUAUAAAACAGAACCA